AAACUCUGUCUCAAAAUAAUAAUAAUAAUAAAUAAAAUAAAUCAGGGAAGAAGAGGGGGAGAAACAAAAAUACACCAAGCUUGUGGCAAAUUCAGUGUUCAUCACUGGGUCCGCUUGCUGUCGGAUUCACUUCCUCAUAGCUGUUUGGUGCCUAUUGUCCUAAUCAUGUAGAAUCUAGAUUGUAGCUCCUUUUAGCUACCCUACAGAUAACAGCUUGACCAUCACCAAAUGUUUUCUCUCUGAGAUAUUCCUUCAGGGUCUGGUCACCAAUGAAACAACUGAUGCUAGCUGAUGCAAAGGACCUCAUGAGGAACUGACUCACGAAAGAAUGCCGUUUCCACACUCCCCUCACCUCAACCCAUCAACGACCCCAGGAAGCUCUCUGAGACUGGGACCCGGCCACUGCCUGGUCUGCUGGUGCGAUGGCAUUUCUCCGAAGCAUGUGGGGCAUGUUGAGCGCCCUGGGAAGGUCCGGGCGGAGCUGCGUACCAGCUGUGGAAGUCGACUGCGCUUCCCCUUCAGUUUUGUGUAUUUAUGGAAAUGGUUUUCAUCUGCCUUGGCAAGUUAUCCAAAGAAAUGUGUAACUUCUUACCUUCGAUUUUCUGAAGAACAACUACCCAUAUUUAAAGCUCAGAACCCAGAUGCAAAAAAUACAGAACUAAUUAGAAGAAUCACCGGGCAUUGGAGGGAACUUCCCAACUCAGAGAAAAAAAUAUAUGAAGAUGCUUAUAGGGUCGACUGGCAGGCAUACAAAGAAGAGAUAAGCAGAAUUCAAGAACAGCUAACUCCAAGUCAGAUUAUGUCUUUGGAAACAGAAAUCAUGCAUGAACAGUUAAAAAGGAAAGCCUUAGUAAAAAAGAGAGAGUUAAAACUGCUUGGAAAACCAAACUGACCUUGUUCAGCUUAUACCAUUUAUGUAGCUGAAAGCCUCCAAGAAGCUAAGGAUGGUUCACCACAGGCAAAGCCGAAGACUGUAAAUGAAAACGGGAAAAAUCUGUCUGGUUCUCAAAAGAAAGUAUAUAUUCAACUUGCUAAAGAUUAUAAAAUUCAUUAUUAUAAUGAAACGAAGUCUGGGGAAGAGCAGAUGAUUGAAGUUGGAUGAAAGGAUCUUCUAUGUUGCAAAAUAAAGCAACCACCAAAAGAUGGUACUGAGACGUGUUAGAGUUCAUAGUGGAUAGGCACCAAAAACCAGUUAGGUCUCAACACCUGAAGCUGUUGUAAAAUUAGAAAGGAUAACGUCGGUAAACCUUUUAUAUUCAAUUUCUUUUUCUUCAGCUCAUGGACUUCUGCCAGUGUAAUACUUGCUUUGGAAAACCCAGAUAAAGGUUUAUGCAAAAUUUUGUGUUUAGGAACCACUGAGGAUCAGAGUAAUCCAUGCAAAUGUGAAUCAUUUUACCUUUGAUAAAGGUAAAUCAGACUAUCAGGUUUUUUAA